GCAGCUUCCUCGUCGGAUCGUAAAACAGCAACAGUGCCGUUGUAUCUGAUGGAUCACGACGAAAGCUCCAUGCAGUCACAGUAAGUCGUGUCGCGGGUCUCAAUGGUCGUCUUACUUUGUCGUAUCAUACCCUUUGAUCACGAUCAAGAUCUUCAUCCUAUGCCGCCAUAUCAGAGAAAGUUUUCUGCUAGUGAGGGCACCAAGCGCAAGCCAGUAGGUGCCGUGAGUAAAAAUCCGAAGUAAGCCUUUCAAGCAUCGACCUUCCGACAUUAACCAAGAUGCCGACCCCAGAUUUUCUCGCCGACAUAGAGCCUCUGCGACACAUGAUGUUGGGGUUGGCCCACACACCACCACCGCAUUCGAUGAACCAUGACUUCGGGCAUGUGCAAGACCCUCUGCUGUGCGCGCACGAUCUCGGGCAGUCUUGCUCCUCUACCGCGUUCGCUGCAAUAGGAGCAAGAGAACAAUCCGAACUACCAGGAGGGUCAACACAGCUUGCAGCGCCGACAGUUCUAUCUGCAUCUUCACCUGUUUCUUUAUCAGGGAUUCAUAAAGCGGGCGACUUUAAUAUUAUCAGUGGCAUGACGGAGAACCACACCACUCGCACUCAAGUUCCGUCUUCGUUUCUCGAGGUCCCAGAGCCGGACGGGACACUUCUACCGGCGUGGAAAAUGUUUCCGGCAAAAACCGCCGCGGCCGUCGGACCUUUCGUCCCCGCAGCGACGACGGUGACGGCGGCGGAAAAAACGGCGAUCCCGCUUUUGCUCGCGUCCUCAUUUCUGGUCUCCGCCGGGUCGUCGUGCAUCUCGUCUUCCUCCGGGAGAACCGGUGCUCGUCUUCUGGCACCAGAAAACUACUACGCAGCGUCUGUGUCAUCUGGGAGUGCGUCGGAACAAGAGGAUCUUGUUCACGAAGUGUUUCGUGAUCAAAACGGUUGUAGUAAAAAUGCCUGUUCUGUACAGAGUCCAUGUCGUGGACAAGGAAAGACAACACCCACGACCAGGUGGACCUCUUUUGCCACCUCCAGUCCGCACGACGCGCCCGGCGCCGUUCCCAACGAGCUUUCCACUCCCGGGACAACCCAAGUGCCAGGCGUCCCUUCUGCAGCAGAUACCCACCAGAGUGAACGAUGCUGUGUGGGGAGCACGCGGAACCACUACAAGCCCUGUCCACGGGGGUUCGAGGAGGCGGGCGAGGCGAGGUGCCGGCCGCAAGUAGGCGUGUACGAAGGCCCGUGCCAGGAAGUGCAGGACUUUCACGGAUUUAACUCGGCCAUGUAUCGGGCCUGGGAAGAAAGGUGCGAAGCACGCUUCUUGUGAAAAUGGUGCACCAUAUUGAUGGCCUCUAAUUCUUAGAAUGCUGUGAACAACAAAAGCCACAAAGUGGGUUGAAUUACGGUCAAACGAAAUCGUCGGACGCACUCUGUUGAAAUCGCGAAGGUGUAGACAGGAGAGCACCACAGAGUCACACACAUGCUUCACAUUUCAAGCAGCUUCG